AUGAUCGAAACCAAGGGCGAACGAGGAGGGGAACAACGGUUCUUAAUCCAGGAGGGGAGGACAGGAGCCAGAGAGGACUGGGGUCGCAGUCGACUUGACGGGCUAGAGGCAAGAGGGCCGCCAUUGCGGGAACAAUUCGGUCAACUCGAUCAUCUUGUGAGGCCCCUAGUUUCCCGUUGUGUUGCCGAUCAACAAGAAGCUGUCAAGCUUGGGGCAAGUAAGCGUGUGGAUAUCAACGAGGAACGAGAAGGCUUGGAUGCCAAGAAGCGCGAUACGGACGGAGGAACAUGGAUAAUUGGGGUAGGUUCAAAGUCUGAGAUGGCGGAGCGGAGUCUAUCACGGACAUGGGACUAG